GAGAAUAGCAAUGAUGAAUAUAACUAUCCAAGAGAAUGGAAGCCAAAAGAAGGUGUAUCUGCUGGAGUCAAAAUUAUGCCAUACUUGUACUAUAACAGUAUUGAUGUCCCUUCCUUUGCUUCAGCAAUUCCUAAAACAGCUGACAGUAUUCCAGCAAAUGUUAAAACAUACUGGUAUUGUCAAUGUUGUAAAAAGACGUAUGCUUUUAAUAAGUCACAAGCAAUUCAACAUGCGAAUGACUGCAUAGACAAUGAUAAAGAAUCAGAAAAUAGUCAUCGAAUCCAAUAA